AUGGCUGACGUUGAGAAUCAAGAUCAAAAAAUUAGUAAAAGUGAAUUAAAAAGGCAACUUAAAGCUGCACAAAAAGCCAAAGAAAAAGCUGAAAAGGAAGCUAAAAAAUUAGCUGAAAAUGCUGAAAAACCAGUUGCUAAGAAAAAAGAGGCUGAUCCUUCAGAUCCACAAGAAUAUUUUAAUUUCAGAGUAAAAAUGAUUGAAGAACGUCGUGCUAUUGGUGAAAAUCCAUUCCCACAUAAAUUCCAUGUUUCAAUUUCUUUGUCUCAAUUUAUUGAGGAGUAUGGACCAAAAUUAGUAAAUGAACAGGUAAUGGAGGAUGUCAAAGUUAGUGUUUCUGGAAGAAUUUUUUCAAAACGUGAAUCGGGAAGUAAAUUAAUUUUUUAUGAUCUUCAUGGAGAAGGAACACAUAUUCAGAUUAUGGCUAAUGCUCGUUACUGUACUGGAGAUGUUACUUUUACUGAUUUACAUGAUAAAAUCAAAAGAGGAGACAUUGUUGGUAUUGUAGGAUUUCCAACAAGGACAAAGGCAGGUGAGCUUUCUAUUAUUCCAACAGAAUUUGUUCAAUUGACACCGUGUCUUCAUGUUCUUCCUCAUACUCAUUUUGGAUUAAAAAAUCAAGAGACUAGAUAUCGUAUGAGAUAUCUUGAUUUAAUUAUGAAUCCAGAAGUCAAAAAUAAAUUUGUUGUCAGAUCAAAGAUUGUUACAUUUUUGAGAAAAUAUUUGGAUAAUCUUGGUUUUUUGGAAGUAGAAACUCCAAUGAUGAGUCAAAUUGCUGGUGGAGCUACAGCCAAGCCAUUUAUUACACAUCAUAAUGAAUUAGACUUAGAUCUAUUUUUAAGAGUUGCACCAGAAUUAUAUCUUAAAAUGCUUGUUGUUGGAGGAAUUGAUCGUGUAUAUGAAAUAGGUCGUCUUUUCAGAAAUGAAGGUAUUGAUCAAACUCAUAAUCCUGAAUUUACUACUUGUGAAUUUUAUAUGGCAUAUGCUGAUUAUGAGGAUCUUAUGAAGAUUACUGAAGAUUUACUUUCUAAAAUGGUGUACUUCAUUCAUGGAACUCAUAAGAUUACCUACAGACCUAAUGGACCAGGAACUGAACCUAUUUAUGAAGUAGAUUUUACUCCACCUUUUAAAAGAAUUGAUAUGAUAACGGGAUUGGAAGAGAUUCUUAAAACUAAAUUCCCACCUGCAGAUACUUUUGGAACACCAGAAGCUCGUAGUUUCUUUGAUGAUCUUUGUAAGAAACACAAAGUUGAGUGCCCAGAACCAAGAACUGUUGCAAGACUUUUAGAUAAACUUGUUGGUGAAUUCCUUGAAUCUACUUGUAUUUCUCCAACAUUUAUUUGUGGACAUCCUCAAAUCAUGUCACCACUUGCUAAAUGGCAUCGAUCUAUUCCAGGAUUAACAGAAAGAUUUGAAUUAUUUGCAGUUACAAAAGAAGUAGCUAAUGCUUACACAGAAUUGAAUGAUCCAAUAACACAACGUAAACGUUUUGAGGAACAAGCUGCACAAAAAGCUGCCGGAGAUGAUGAAGCUCAACUUAUUGAUGAAAACUUUUGUACAGCACUUGAAUAUGGUCUUCCACCAACAGCAGGCUGGGGUAUGGGAAUUGAUAGAUUAGCAAUGUUGUUAACAGAUUCAAAUAAUAUUAAAGAAAUUCUUUUCUUCCCAGCUAUGAGACCUGUGGAGACUAAAAUUAAUCCAUUAGAAGAUGGACAAGAUGAUACAUCUUCAAAGGUCUAA